AUGUCUCGGACUGACAGUAGUGUGUCUCGGACUGACAGUAGUGUGUCUCGGACUGACAGUAGUGUGUCUCGGACUGACAGUAGUGUGUCUCGGACUGACAGUAGUGUGUCUCGGACUGACAGUAGUGUGUCUCGGACUGACAGUAGUGUGUCUCGGACUGACAGUAGUGUGUCUCGGACUGACAGUAGUGUGUCUCGGACUGACAGUAGUGUGUCUCGGACUGACAGUAGUGUGUCUCGGACUGACAGUAGUGUGUCUCGGACUGACAGUAGUGUGUCUCGGACUGACAGUAGUGUGUCUCGGACUGACAGUAGUGUGUCUCGGACUGACAGUAGUGUGUCUCGGACUGACAGUAGUGUGUCUCGGACUGACAGUAGUGUGUCUCGGACUGACAGUAGUGUGUCUCGGACUGACAGUAGUGUGUCUCGGACUGACAGUAGUGUGUCUCGGACUGACAGUAGUGUGUCUCGGACUGACAGUAGUGUGUCUCGGACUGACAGUAGUGUGUCUCGGACUGACAGUAGUGUGUCUCGGACUGACAGUAGUGUGUCUCGGACUGACAGUAGUGUGUCUCGGACUGACAGUAGUGUGUCUCGGACUGACAGUAGUGUGUCUCGGACUGACAGUAGUGUGUCUCGGACUGACAGUAGUGUGUCUCGGACUGACAGUAGUGUGUCUCGGACUGACAGUAGUGUGUCUCGGACUGACAGUAGUGUGUCUCGGACUGACAGUAGUGUGUCUCGGACUGACAGUAGUGUGUCUCGGACUGACAGUAGUGUGUCUCGGACUGACAGUAGUGUGUCUCGGACUGACAGUAGUGUGUCUCGGACUGACAGUAGUGUGUCUCGGACUGACAGUAGUGUGUCUCGGACUGACAGUAGUGUGUCUCGGACUGACAGUAGUGUGUCUCGGACUGACAGUAGUGCUUCUGAUGGAUAG